AUGAAUUUUUCAGUUACUGUUAGUAAAAAUACGUAUUUUGCUUACAAAAGCACGAAAGAAAUUGAACAAAACAGAAAAAUUAAAGCUGAAAACUUUAAAUGGAAUUUCAAUCAUCCUAAAUCUCUUGUAGAAAUAUGUAUAGAGAAAUUAAGCAUUAACUGGACGGGAUCACCAAAGCUAGAAGAAUUUAUUGCUAAGGACAGGGAAUUCUUUUUGCAAAUUUUAAAAGCAGAUGUCCCACUGCAAAUAUUAGUGGAUAAUAUAAAAAACGAUAGCUUUUGGAAAAGAUACUAUUUUUCAAAAUGGACUGAAUAUCCUAUGCAAGAAAAUAUAAAACCAUGGAUAAAUAUUUUUAUGGAGCGUUAUUAUGCUGAUGUACUAGAAAAUAUGAACCCAAAGCAAUACGAUCCUGAAAAGGUAAAGAAUUUGGUAAAGCUUUGUGGUCCUUAUAUACAAUCUUUAUCAUUAAGAAGUUUAGUGCCAGCAGAUAUACCAGAACAACGAAAUAUUUCACCAGAUAUGGCAGGAUUAAUAUCUGGCCAAAGGGAAAACAUAAAUAAGCUGUUAACUAAAAACAGUGAUAUGUUGACUCGAGAUCAUAUAUCUUUACAUGCAGCAUUGGGUAGUUUAACAAAUUUAUCAGAAUUGCAUAUUACAUAUCAAUUAAAAUAUGUUGGGGUAAAUUAUUGUAGAAACCAAUUUCAAUUUACUAAUAAUGAUGCCAAAAAUUUAGCACAUGGACUACAAAAGUGUCUUCAGUUACGUAUACUACGAAUUACUCGAAGUGAUAUGAAUUGUCAAAAGGUAAAAUAUAUUCUUCGUGGAUUAUUGGAUAACCAAAUAAUUGAGGUAAUAGACUUCAGCCAUUGUAAAAUUGGUGAUGAUGGUGCGUCCUCUGUAGCAAAGUUUAUAUCGAAACGGGACAGGAUUCGAACUCUCAUUUUAGCAGAUAAUUUAUUUGGUCCUGUGGGAAUAGAAAACAUAUCGCAUGUGCUGAAUCAUACAAGUUGUGGAUUGCGAACUUUGGAUCUUAGACUUAAUAACAGACUAGGUUCGGAAGGAGUCGCUCAUUUAGCUGUUGCCAUUGCAAGAGGUUGUAAUUUAACAUCUUUAAAUAUUUCCGGCUGUGGAAUAAGAUCAGAACCCUUACAAAAGCCUCCAGCAGGAGUAUGGUCAGCUAUGAAUGCUGACAAUCCACCUACAUGUGGAGAUCUUUUAGCUAGAGCUAUAGGAUUAGUGAAGACUCCUUUGCGACAUCUUGACAUAAGUGUUAACGACAUUGGAACGCCUAGCGAUCUUACUCUAUCUAAUGCAAUUUGCCUUAGCUAUUUAGUAGACGUAAAUCUUAAAAGAUCAGGAAUGGGAUCAAUGGCUAUGGCAAUUGCGGAAUCAGCUGCUGCUGCUCAAAAAUUAAGAAGAGAAGCUGAAAAAGGUAUAAAAUUCAGAAGAAGUGCUGGCAGAGUUGUUCAAGCACGUAGAGUGGUAAAAGGAAUGAAUAUUGAUGCUGAUCCUUUAUUAUUCGCUCAACAAUUAUCUGCUCGUCCAUCUAUCGUAUCCGUCGCCUCAGAAGAAGGAACUUUUAAUAUUCAAGCACAACCUUUACCAGUAGAUUUUGGUUUCGUUCCUAGUCUUAAAAGCCCAUUACCAUCUUCACGCACUUCGUCUGUAACCGGACCACCAACAUCCAGAAGAUCAAGUCAUCAUGUUAUUUUAGAGCCAGUUCAGGAAAUUCUUCGAGCGACCUUGGUUCGCCGUAAAUCAGACGGCUCACUUAUGCAACCCCGUGUUGGUAAUUCUCAAAGACACAUUAAAAUAUAUGUAUCAAAUGACACUUCUGAUAAACAA